AUGAAAGCACCUAAAUAUAUUUAGUAGGAUGUAAUUAAACAGGUAUGUUAGGCUGAAUAAUUCCAAUAACAUAAAUUUAAUUUGGUAAAUACCAGAUCUGACCCAUAUUUAUCAAGAAGACAUGUUUUAUAGGACAAUGAUAAAUACCAAUAAAUUCGUGCAAAUAAAUUCUAUACCAAAUUAUAAGUUGACUUACAAAAGGAAUAGCAGUUAUUGAAGGAAAAUAAAAAAAUACUUAAUCGAAUAGUCGAUAUUGGAAAUUAAAAAACUUAUUCAUCACUUCCAAAAAGAUCACUCACUAGAUAAAAUUCAGCUAAUUCAAUUAAGUCUCUCAAUUUAUCUUACAGAAAGAAGGAGGCAAUCAAAAUAGUUGGAGAAAAUGAGAAAUUGAUGCAGCGUCUACAGAGAACUCCUUCUACAUUUAGAAAUAAAGAAACGUUUCUUAAGGACUACAAAAAGUAAGCAAUCAAUUCUAUUUAUACAAGGACUGAAGAACUCAAAAACAGAAUCUCUAAAUACUCAUAGCAAAAUCAAUAAAAGUUGGGUAAAAUAGUUCAAAGAUUAACAAAAACUACAACCAAUCAGAAACCUCCGAAAUCAAGCCAGAAUAAAAGUAGUGCUCCUUCCUAUAAGAACUCUGUAUUAUCUUAAUUGCGUAUAGAGCCGGAAAGAUAAUAACAGAAGUUUUAGUUUCCAAGAAUUAAAUGA